GCGGCCCUGGCUGGGUGUGCGCAGCCUGGGCUCGUACAGGCAGCUACACUGGGCGAUUCGCCAAGUGAAUUGUUUGCGGAGCAUUGGUCUCUGCGAGCGAGUCCUUUGAAUUCGCGGAGCAUUGUGCCCCGCUGAGAAUUCCUGAAUGUGCAGAGCAUUGGCCUCUGCAAACAACAUCCUGAACGUGCAGAGCAUUGGCCUCUGCUAGGAGUCCUCAAUUCGCGGAGCAUUGGUCUCUGCAGAGGAUUCCUGAGCGUGCAGAGCAUUGGCCUCUGGAAUAGAUCGUGAAUUUCCUUUGAAGUUUUGUUGAGGCAUUGUCACUCAUCUGGGAUAUCCUCCCUUCAAAAUGGUUUCUGGAUUCCCAGAGAAGACCUCGACACCUCGUCUUUUGUCCAGGGAAAAGCUGAAGUCUUUAACUCUGCUUCCCUCUAAGUUCCUGUGGGACAAGUUUGUCAACACGAAGAAGAAGGAGGCCAGCACUGGGGGAAGUUUUCUGCCCAGAAUUGGCCCGUGUGUAGACCUGAGUGAGACUGGUCCAAAGCUGCCGUCAGCUCCCCCAAAGGAGAACAUGUUGCAGAUUUCCCCACCAGAGGUGAUAUUUCAGAACUUCAACACUCAUGAUGUCUCUGAAAUGACACUGUCUCUCAUGAAUGUGGACAAGUUUCCUCAUGCGGUGAAGGUCUCCAUGGAGAGAUCACCUUACUUCCAGGUCAUGGGCUCCAACGAUGCCUACCGUCUCCUGGUGCCGGACGCGUCUGUCCCUGUGCGCAUCCGCUUCAUCCCUGACGAGAACAAGGUGAAGAAACUAUCCACACAAACCUCCGUGGAGAAGCUGUAGACAAUGCUGUCAAUGCUGAGUUGAGCACAAAUUUCGUGGCGUUUGAGAAGACUUUCAUCACUAUGUCAAGCCAUGCAACCGUGUUCAUCGAAAACAGGAGUAGCAUCCCACCCCACUUCCAGUGGAAGACUUUUCCUGCUAAGCAAAAUAAGAAACAAGAGAAGAGGAGGUUGGUUUGGAAGAUGCAUUUCAGUGGGACACAUGGCCCAAGACUAAAACUGACGUGUGGCCUCAGGGGAGUGUUGGUGCUUCUGAAUGGUUCAGGCUAAGUAAACCAUCCCUGGCACCAGGGUGUGUGUCCCUAGGCUUCAGGAGCUCAGCACUCAGCAUUCCGGUUCCAUUUAUGCUCCAACCAAGGAUGGCAUUUUGGGAAGGAAAUGUGGUUGCAAUGACUGGAUUUUCUCAGGUUCUAAUUAGCCUUUUUUCUCUCUAAUCUUCUUCCUAGACGGCCUGGCAACAUCCUUAAACAGUUCACCCUCUUUCCAAAGGUGAUACGCCCUCUUUUUUUACCUUAGUUCCUUCAAAAGCUCCUUGCCCAUCCAGGCUGGUUGUCUUCCCUGUCAGCUUGUCUUUCAGCACACAGGGACAGUCUGUUCCUGUGCCUUCCAGACUUCUUUUUUGAAGCAUGUCCAUCUUUCGUGGACCCCUUUGUUUUUAAGGGCAGUUUCCCAGGGUACUCUCCAAAUCAGUCUCUUCAACAGGCCGAAUCUGCCCUCCAGAAGGCCAGAGUGGAAGUUUUAUUGAUCCCCUUCUCUUUUCACCAAAUAUUGAGAACUCUAUUAUUUCCCGGUCACUGUAGCCCAGACAGAUGAAGGUGAACAGAUGAAGUUCAUUUAGUCAUUAGGGAAUUUCCUGGUGAUAUCCAGUACCUGGAGCCAGGGAGGCAGCAGAUUGCCCUGUGGAAUGGAUCCAGUCAAUACACAGGGCCCUCAGCUCCCCUUAGAAGGGAGUCACCUACUACCACUACCCUUCUUUUCUUCUCAAUACUUGAGGCUGUGCUCUGUCUGACAGACCAAGUGCAGCUGGGAGACUCUCCAGACUGAAUUUUUUUCUUUACUGUCAUCUGCCUGACCCUCUGGAGCCAGGGCCUCAUACCUGUCCUGUCAGGGCACCUGGGUAGGUGAUGGGGCUCAGGAUGGAAUUUAUUAUCUGCCCAGUAGAGGCCCACUUCCAUUCCCCACUGUCUCCUAGGUGUAAAUGUCCGUCCGAAACUUCCCUUAAUUUUUGCUUCUUGAUCGUCAUGAAAACCAAGACCACCAGGGAAAGGAAAGAUCCUGUUCUGAAAAUCCAGGUCUGUCUGGUCCACCAAGCCAGAUUAUUGCCUAUGGGUGUGUUUGCACAACUCAUGGAACACUGCACCCAAGAAGGGGCAGUGUGCUCUCCUUCGCCUGCAUCACCUAGCAACGCUGCUGCUGGAAUUUCUCCACCCUUCUGACUUGGCUGGACUUUCUCUCUGGAAGGACCUUCUCGGUGGUCACCACUAAAAGACCCUCCAUUCACCAUACAUCAACCACCGUGACAGAUGGACUGAGAUGGGAGAGGGCUCUCCCCUCAAGGACUGAGACAUGCGACCCCUACAUGGAAAAGCUCCGAAAAGCUCCCCUCUUCUUCCCAAAAGGACUGAGACUGAAAUCCCUACCGUAGGGUGAAGGAAGGCAUGCGUGGGGACCGGAGCAAGUUUUGCAAGUGACCACUGGACCGAGAACACAAUGGUUCUUGCCUACGACGUCUGCUGCUGAUGACGCCUGCUCCUGAUGGACUACUGAUGGACUCCUUGUACCCUUUAUCAAUAGACUAUUUUGAAAUGUGUCCCCUUCCCCCAUUUCAAAAGGACUAUAAAAAGGGUUAGAGCUGACUGAUACCUUGGAGAUCUCCCCUGACGUGAAGACGACAGGCUCUUUGUCGACCGGACUUCGAGGGACUUUGUCAUCCGCACGUCUGGUAGCUAUAUACCUCCUUGCCCUCCCUCUCUUCUUUUUCUUUUCCUUAUUCCUUUCCCUUUCUUCAUUCCCCUUCUCUCUCUAACACAUCUUUGCUAUGGCUAUUCAAUAAAAGUACAUGUAUUUUGAUUUUACUGCAAA